CAGCCUCUGGCGGGGCCGUGGGAGAUGCUGGGCCAUUUGGCGUGGCGCGAGCGGAUAGCUGCCUCUCUCGAGCUGUGGCUGGGCUAGGGCGGGACAAAUCGACGAUGGCCGUGGACGAUGCCAAGUUUAACCGUUCAAGUUCGCGGUGGCGGAUUAUAUGCUGCUGGGACGCGUGUGAAGCUGCGGUCUACGGUGUGGAUUAGCUCUACGGUGUACUUAAGCAUCUCUCCAAGUCAAACCCACACCCACGAUACAUACCUCUAUGGCCUUCCCACGCAGCCUCUUCUCCGUAUCUGCGCGUCGCAGCGUCUCCAUCGUGAAGCACCUCCAAGGUGCUGACCGAAAUCUAGGCCCGAUCGACGGCGCUGUGGCUGUUCCCCACGGGCGCUGCUCAUCGAAAGAACGCAGCCGGAAGCGGCGUCCACUUCCACCCUAUCAACGCGUCUCCCAUAACGUGCGAUCGCGGUGCUUCGUGCCGCCUCCAGGCAGAAAGCAGGAUGCGGAAUGGAGGUUGAGACGAGAUGACGUCGAGCGGCGCCCUAUAGCAGGGAUGAGCCCUGCAUGCUCGCUUCACGAGGCGGCCCAAGCGCUGCCGAUCACUCCAGGGGUCACAUCAGACCCUCAAUCGUUCGGCCGUCUCGUCCGAACAUCGUCAAUUGCGUUUCGCGCAUCAGCACACGGCAUGGGAAGUCAAUCACGGACCCUGCGUUAUGGUCUCAAUUAA